CGCGCGCGCGCGCGCGCGCGCGCUGCGGAGUGAGGAAUCGAGGAAGGAGGGUGCGGGGACUUGGGAAGGAGCGGCCGGGCGCGCGAGGAGGAGCGAUCGGGGCGCGGAGCAGGGGGUGGGGGGGUGCCCGGCGGGGCGGAGACGAGGAAGUGGGUGCGAGGUGCGCGCGGCGCUGCAUCCCCGGACCGGGAGCCACCGGAGCACCCCAGCGCGGCCGCGGCGCCAGCUCCUGCUCUCCCCCGAGCCUCCGAGGGAGCACCUGGGGAUGCUGGGGAUGGCUCGCGCCAGCCAUGGAGAAGAAGCACACCAGGGGCACCCCUCGGCUGCCGCCCUUAGGCAAAGGUGCCAGUGACACCCAACAGGCUCCGGAAACCUCACUCCCAGGCCUCCUCUCUCCUCUCCCCCUCAUGCCUCCGGCGCACCUCCUCGGAAGGCGGCUUGGAAGAUCGUCCCCACGUCUGGAUUUGGGGGGAGCUCUGUGGCACGGCUGAAGUCGUCGGGCCCCCCUCCCCCCCACUGAGAGUGGGGGGCGGGGCGGGGGGCGUGGCAGCCUAGGGUAGUAAGAGGGGGGCUCCCAGGAGGAGGCGCUGCACCAUGGACGCCAAUAACACGACCCAUCCCGGCCAGGAGCCAAGGCCCCUGAACAUCCCCGUGGGCGUGGUCCUCAUCCUGCUCAUCGUCAUCACGGUGGCCGGCAACGUGGUGGUGUGCCUGGCCGUGGGCCUGAACCGGCGCCUGCGCAGCCUCACCAACUGCUUCAUCGUGUCACUGGCCAUCACCGACCUGCUCCUGGGCCUGCUCGUGCUGCCCUUCUCGGCCCUCUACCAGCUGACCUUCGCCUGGGACCUGGGCCGCGCCUUCUGCGACAUCUACACCAGCCUGGAUGUGAUGCUGUGCACGGCGUCCAUCCUCAACCUCUUCAUGAUCAGCCUGGACCGCUACUGCGCCGUCACCGACCCGCUGCGCUACCCGGUGCGCGUGACGCCGGCGCGCGUGGCCGCCGCCCUGGUCUUCAUCUGGGCCGUGUCCAUCACCCUGUCCUUCCUGUCCAUCCACCUGGGCUGGAACAGCCGCCACCACCGCGGGGCGGCGGCGGCGGCGCCGGGGCCCCAGGACGCGGCGCGCACGUGCAAAGUGGAGGUGAACCUGGUGUACGGGCUGGUGGACGGCCUGGUCACCUUCUACCUGCCGCUGCUGGUCAUGUGCGUCACCUACUACCGCAUCUUCCGGAUCGCCCGCGAGCAGGCGCGCCGCAUCCAGCAGGGGGGCUCGUGGCAGGCGGCCACGGUGCGCGAACACAAGGCCACGGUCACGCUGGCCGCCGUCAUGGGCGCCUUCGUGGUCUGCUGGUUCCCCUACUUCUCCGUCUUCCUGUACCGCGGCCUGAUGGGGGACGGGGGCAUCAACCAGGUGCUGGAGGCCGUGGUCCUCUGGCUGGGCUACGCCAACUCGGCCCUCAACCCCAUCCUCUACGGCGCCCUCAACCGCGACUUCCGCACCGCCUACCAGCAGCUCUUCCGCUGCAGCCUGGCCGGCCACCCGGCCCACGAGGCCUCCGUGAGGUCCACCAGCUCGCAGCUCGGCCGGACUGGGAGCCGCGAGCGCGCGCGGCUGCAAGAGCAGAGCGGGGCGGAGAUCGCGCCCCCGCUGGGCGCCACGGACCGGAAGCCCUCAGGGUGCUGCCCCGGGUGCUCCGGCGACCUCCUGACCUGCUGCAAGAGCCUGUGGGGGCUCCGACUCCUCCGGCGCCCCCCCCAGAGGGAGCCCCCCGAGGAGCCGCCCGGUGAGCCCCUGAACGAGGAGUCACUGAGGACCCCCGCCGGGGCCGGGGGGCGGACGCUGCUCCCCACCCAGACUGUCUAGAGGCGGCCCCCGUCUCUCGUCCCCGCCAGCGGGCUCCUGGCACCCCAUCACACCCCGAGACACAGGGCACGAGCCCGGGGACCCCCCAGAGCGGAAAGAGGUGCUGGGGUCCCGGGGCACCGGGGAAGCAGCCCAGACUGUCGUCCAAAGGGUUCGUGUCGGGGCCAGAGCGGCAGGACUGCGGGGAGGGCGUUUGCCUUGCACGCGGCAGACCCGGGUUCGAUCCCCGGCACCCCACAGGGUCCCCAGAGCAUCGCCGGGUGUGACCCGAACAACAACAACAAAAGGUCGUUGGUGCGUGUGGGUGUUGGUGCUGGCCGAGGCCACAGCGGCGUCAGAAGGACCCUCGGGAGGCCCCCAGGGGACCCCCCUCCGUCCCGGGGUGAGGUGGAGGGAGGAGGGGUGUUAGUCUUGGGGGAACAUCUGUCAGCAGGUACUCGUCUCUGAGUCACCCUGGGGGCUGGGGGGGUGGGGAAGAACCCGCAAUGGCAUCUCUGCAGGGGCGAGACGGAGGGGUCUGCUCCAGCCCUGCGGAGUGAGUGGGUGAGGCACUCAGGAAACGGGGGCUGGGUGGACGAAUGACAGUGGAUGGAUGGAGGAGUGGAGGAGUGAAUGAAUGAAUGGAUGGAUGGGUGAGUUGAAAGCGUGUGUGUGUGUGUGUGUGUGUGUGUGUAAAAAUACAGAUGUGUGUGGUGGACAGGGGGCCCGAAGCACUACAGGACAGCAGGGAGGACGUUAAUUUGCUUUGCACACAAACAACCUGGGUUCAAUUCCCGGCAUCCACUCGAGUGCCCUGAGGCUGACCAGGAGUGACUCAUGAGUGAAAAGCCAGGAGUAACCCCCGCCCCGGCCGAGAAGCCCCCCAAAUAAAAAUAACUCCAAAUAAAAAGAAUAAUAAUAAUUUUUUUAAAAAAGCAAGCAAAACAGAUGUAUGUGGACAGCCGGACCAACGGAUAGACAGAUGUGACUAAAUGAAUGGAUGAAUGAGUGAGCGAGCUGAUGAAUGAGUGAACAAAUUAAUGGAUGGAUGGAUGGAUGGAUGGAUGGAUGGAUGGGUAAAUGGAUGGAUGAGUAAAUGGAUGGGUGGAGGAUGGAUAUGUUGAUGGAGGGAGGGAGGGAGGGGUGGAUGUUUGGGUGCAGGUACAGAUGUCUGUAAGGACGGAUGACUGCAUUAACAGGGGGUUGAGCGGAUGGGUGGGUGUGCGAAUGAACUGAUGAUGAGCGGAUGGAUGGAUUGUGCGGAUGGAUGGACAGAUGCGAUGGAUGAAGAGUUCCAUGAUGCAUGGGUGCAUGGCUGAAUUUGUGGGUGGCAGCUGAGUGGGCAGAUCAGUGAGCUGAUGGACGGACGGACGGAUGGACAGGAGGAUGAGAGGGAAAUCGGACUUCACACCCAUACUCCGGACAGACACUGCCCUGCCUCUCGGCGAGGGCUCAAGACAGACGCCUUGACUCAGUCUCCCCGCCUGCUGCAAGGAGCCCUCCAGGGACGGGGCGGGGGGGGGGGUGUCCCUUCAACGCUGCAGUUCUGAUCUUCUCUGGUGCUUCUCGGAUAGACCUGGGAGGGCGAGGCAGAGGGCGGGGAGGUUGACCCCACGGCGCUCUCCCGGCUGAAUGCACGACGGGGGGGGGGGGGGGGGGGGGGGCGGGCGGGGGGGAGGGGUCUGGACGCCUCCCUGGUCACCUCUGAGCCCUGUCACUUCCCCAAGCUCUGGGAUAAGCUUCCCUUUCGCCCCCAAAGACCCAAGGAGGUGGGGCAGGGGCACCCCAGAGAUUCACGGUGUCCGUGAACCCCCCUUGGCCCUCCCAGAACUCAUUUUGCCCCUGGAAACCAAGACGCACCUCCCACCCCCACCCCCCCCCCCCCCGGCGGCACCGCUUAGUUUCUGACUUUCCCCUCCCUGCCCCCCCAACCAUCCCUCCGCCGGCUCCUGGGGCCCCUCCAGGGCUGACCCUCAGAUGUGAUCAUGCCCCAUGGCUAGACCUGGAACUUUCCCUCCAGCCAUCUCUCCCAUCGUCCACAGCCUCACCCCCGUGCCCCUUGCUCCCCGCCCCCCCACCCCCAACCCAGGAGACCGGGCACCUCCAGCAGGCACCGACGCAUUCCAGGGAUGCCACCCACACGUGCACCGUCUCCGUGGCCGCCGUGGCUUCUGUGGCUUGGCCUCGUCCACAGCCGGGCUCUGACCCCCCCUCCCCGCCCGCUGGCUUCCCCCCCUCCCUCCUGGCACCCGCGGGAAGGGCCCCCUCCCCCGCCCCGCCGGCCCCCCCCCCAGCCCGGCGCCAACCACCCAGCCACCCUCCUUCCCCAGAUGGCACCGCAGCAACAACGGAGGCCGCUUCCGGUCCCCCCCCAAGCUUCCUUCUUGUCCACUUCCUUCGGCCCAUGCUGCGCCCCCCUCCCCCACGGCCACGGGGCGGGGGGGGGCUGGUGCAGGGAGAAAGGGGGGUGUGCAGAACGCAGGGGGGUGUGCAGAACGCACAGCCGCCGGGCCCAGUCUUCGGACAUGCGCAGAACGUUCGUGUCUCCCUCCAGGGCGUUCCCGGGAGACCUGAGAUACCUCUUCUGGAGACCCUCCCUCUGGGGGCCCCUGGCCCUCAGGGAAGCCCCCCACCCCCCUCUGCCACCACCACCCAACCAGAGAAGCCGUGAUAGGGUUGCAAUUCGCCUCAUCCCCCAGAGAGCCCAACUCCUGUCUAUCUCCAUCCGCCACCCCCCACCCCAGGUCGGGGUGUGUGUGUGUGUGGGUGGGUGGGGGUGGUCCUGCGAGUUUCUACGGGUUCUGGAGAGCCCCUCGGAAGAGUACUGGUACCUCACUGGCAUCUGAAGCAGAAUAUCUGCGAACAUGCUGGAAAGCCUGAUCCCCCCCCACCCAUCUCUGGGUCUCUGCGGGACUUUGCACAGGGGCCCGAGGCAGGGAGGGCUAAGAUGGGGCUGGCUGACCACAGACACCCCCCAAUUCGGCCAGGGACGCCCCUCCACCCCGAACUCCCAGUGUCCACACGCCCGCCUUCUAGUCUGUCUCUGAGCCGAGCCCCUCCCCAGGCUCAGCCACCUGCUGCAGGGGAUGGGGGUGGGGGGACACGGAGACCCAGAAAGGGGCCUCUUGCACUGGGCUCCCCCCAUAUCCAUGGUCUGUGCCCCCCUCAUCGUCCUUCCAAUAAAUAAAUCUACCCACAAGGA